AUGGGUGGCUGGCAGAGAGGUUGGCUCAAUGGGAAGGCUGAUGAGUGGGAAGUGAAUGCAGAGAGCAGUAGAUUGUCUGCUCAGAAAUUUACACAGUCUCCGCAGGAAGCCAUCGCGGACCUCCAAGUGAAAGAGCAGAAGAGCCAACUAGAGGUUGAUUCCUUUUCUGGGAGGUCUGCUGAACAGAGGCUCCCUUUCGGAGGACCUGGCCAGGAAAAACACGUACGGGCAGGACCAGCCUCGACGGAUCACCGCAUCGGAGGACCUGGAGGAUUUCCAUACGCGGUUCCGAGGAGAUUCCUAGUGGCAGGACCUGGAAGAAACCCGUACGGAGGACCUGGAGGAUACCCGUACGGAGGGUCAGGAGGUUAUCCGAGCGGAAGACCAGGAGGAUACCCGUACGGCGGAGCCGGUGGAUAUCCAUAUGGAGGACCUGGAAGAAACCCGUACGGAGGAUCCGGCUACCCCUUCGGAGGACCAGGAGGAUACCCUAGCGGAAGGCCUGGAGGAUAUCCAUACGGCGCUCCCGGGGGAUAUCCUUACGGAGGACCUGGGAGAAACCCGUAUGGAGGAUCUCCUUAUGGAGGGACAGGAGGAUACCCCAGCGGAGGAUCUGGGCCAUACCCAUACAACGGAGUUGGAGGACGCCAAAUGAAGGGACCGGAGAUACCCACAUGA